CUGGGCAAUUACGUGCGCCUACGACCAGGCACGCACUUUAUCUCUACAAAGGCCGGUUCUGCGAGCGAGCUGCUGCUGCUUCAAGAUCCCAGAAAACUAGUUCUUUGGCGCAGAAGAAUCGGGAGAAGAAUCGAGACCCCCAACACCCCAAUGGCCACGAGCACAGUAGACGACAUCUUGGUACAUCUGGGGCCCUGGCACUACCCGGUGCUGGUGUUCUGCUUCUUCCGAGGCUUCCCGGCAGCCUAUUACGCCAUGUCACUCUCUUUCACGGCUCCCUCCCUGCGACACUGGUGCGCCAGGCCACCACAGCUGCGAAACUGGACCUCACAACAGUGGCACUCAGAAGCCGUGCCUCCCACUGAAGUGAACGGGAUGACCAGCCAGUGCGACACAUACACGGUGGAAGUCCUCGGUAAUGGCACUGUCACCAUUACCAACGACACUAUGGUGCGCUGCUCCAGUUGGGAGUAUGAGUUAGGGGACCACACGAAUACGAUGACCAAUGACUUCGACCUCGUCUGCGACCGUGUAUGGCUUCGAGCAGCGUCGCAAAGUUUCUACAUGGCGGGCCUCAUGAUCGGAAACUUCAUAUUCUCACACCUUUCAGACUGGUACGGCCGGAAGCGAGCCCUGGUGUUCAUGACCCCCUUGCCCAUCCUGGCGAGCGUCGUCAUAUGUUGCUCUAAAAGCUUCCUCGUGCUCAACAUUGGCAGAUUGGUGGCUUCUCUGGGCCUCGGCGGCAUUCUCAACACCACUUACACCUUGUCGAUGGAAGUAUUGUCUGCACGACACCGGGCGCUGGGCUCUCUAAUCUCCACUGGUGGUUGGACGACAGGACUCUUGACAUUGACGGGUCUCGCCUGGCUAUUUCGAGACUGGAUGAUCUUCCAGGGUGUCAUCACAGUUGCUGCCAUGGGCAGUGUCGUUAACUGGUUUUUUAUUCCCGAAUCUCCCCGAUGGCUCCUUGCAAUGGGAAAAUACGACCAAGCAAGUGAAGAACUCGAGAAAGCUGCUCGCAAGAACAAGGUGACUGGAGUUUCUGUGGAAGCAAUCAUCAAACAGUUCAAGGAAAAGAUCUCCCUGGACAAGCUUGCAACGAAGCCCACGUUCACGGCUCUCUUCCGAUCAAGAUGCAUUCGAAUGACCUCAUGUCUCCUCUCUGCCAAGUCGGUGUUGGACACGCUGGUGUACUACAACCUGACUUACUCAAGCAUCCUGCUUGGGGACCCGUACCUUAGCUUUGCGCUAGUCGCUGUGGCCGAGUACCCGGGCCGACUUCUCGGCGUGGCCUGUGUGAACUACUUGCAUCGAAGGACCGCCUACAUCGCUCUGUACUCCUUUGCGUCCCUCUGUUCGGCGGCCGCCAUCUUUGUGCCGGCGGAGGCCUCGUGGGCACUGAUGGUGGGUGCUCUGUUGGCCAAGAUUGGCCUCAUAGCGGCCCACUGCGUCAACGUGGUGCAGAUGUCCGAACUCUAUCCGACCAAGCUGCGCACCACCGCCAUGGGCUUCACGAUCACCACGAGCCGUAUCGGUGCCAUACUGGCACCCUUCACCAAAGAGCUGGGCGUGGUUUUCUUCUCCUGGGUGCCGAAAGUGGUUGACAUUGCGGCGUGCGCUUGCCUGAUUCUCGUGUCCCUCCCUCUUCCAGAGACGUUCAACGAACCACUUCCGGACACGCUGCACGACAUCAAGAAGGCAAGGAAUGGUCAAAAAGAAAGAAACGUGCUGGAUUCCUAUGUUCCCGCCGAAGCUCAACCACUGCGGUAAAAAAGGUUCGAAAGACGGGAGUUCUUGGAACAGGUGGCACCUUCCCCGAAAAAAGAAAUAUAAAAAAUAGAUAAAUUGAAAUUUUUGACUGGAGA